AUGUCUGCUAUCGUCAACAAGAUACACACGGCGCCAGCUGCAGCGGCCUUUAUAUCAAUCGGUCUAUUCCAGGGCAUCACCGUUACACUUCUGAUGAGCGUUGUCCUUUUACAAUGGCAGGAAUACGCUAGACCUACAGUGAUCCAGGUCCCUCGCGGCUACAGCAUUCCAACUAAUUUUUCCAUUUUCAUUUUUGGCUUCAUCUUUCAUUUGUUGUUCAUGUGGGAUGCCAUCCGGUUAAGGAGUACAGCGCAAGGGGUGCUUGCGUGCGUGAUCAACGCAGGCUUCCUACCCCUUGCUAUUUCCCAGCGACGGGAUAUCGCGGAGGCCAUCGAGUCGUUCAAGACGUCGACAGACUCUAAUGGCAACCACUUGGUCAAUACUGACAUGGAUAUUUGGCCUGUGAUUGGCAAGAUCCUACUCGUUAUUCCUAUUAUUAUCGCCAUCUGCACCCUGAUCCUUCCUAUCAGUGCUUGGUAUCUGAAGCAAUAUUUCUCAUGGCAGUCAUAUCGGAACGUCGGUGCAGAUGCAAAGAUGAGAAAGAUACGCAUUACUCACCAUAUCUUUGUCAUGCUCGCCAAAAUGGACAUUUACUUCAUCAUCUGCUUCGAUAUGGUCUUUUGCUUCCCCGUUCUGGGAGGACUUCGCAGUGGAGGCACCUACUUCAUCGUCAACCUCGCCCUUCUAGGUGUUGCACUCGCCGUCAUCGCCGUGUCCAUAAUGUUCAGCAAGUCAGAGAACCGCAUUGGCACGUGUUUCUCUAUAGCCAUGUAUCUCGCAAUGCUUGGCUACUUGCUGUACUUGGUGAUAGAUGCCCAAUUGGACAAGAGAAGGAGGAGCGGAGGUUCAAUCGACUCUUUCACCGCCUUCGGUUGCAUGGGUAUCUUGUCCAUCUUCAUGACAACGAUAUUCGCCAUAUUAUGCUUGCGGAACUUCUUUGGAGGCUUGAAGGAGCAUCUGGGGAAGCAUGAAGAAGCGUGGGAUCCUCAUGGAAGUGCCAAGGAUUUUGAGCUUGGUAACGAUAUCAACUUUGAGUAUAAGAGCGUACCGAGCGUUCGAGAUCUGGAUAGCUAA